UCCUCGGUUAAAGAGCCUAUAGUAGCGCUACUACUGGAACAGGUGCGUAAACUGUUCGAAAAGAGACCUGUCUGGACGAGGGUGGCAAUUGAUCACGAAAUCAAACCGCAGUUGAAGAUAUUCCUGAGGGAUACCCUCCAUCAAGUAGCAUACGUGAUGACGAAGGGUGAGUUUAACUGA